GAAAGGAAUGGGGUCUCUUUGCGAUAAUUGAUUUAAACCAGAAAAAUUUCAGACGAAUCUACCUAAAAAUACUAAGAAUUAUCCCAGAUUAUCUGGAGUGUCAAGUUCAGAUACAGAAGGAAGCCUCCAACUUUAUGCUGAAAGACAAAAGCUAUUGGAAGAGGAUGAGGAAAUUCCAUCGUCAGCACCAAAUUGAUCAAAUAAAACAGAUAGGACAGUGAGUCAGACUAAUUCUGGCAUGACUGUUAGUCAGACAACCUUGUGCUCUUCCACAGAGAAAAAAACUAAAGUUAGCAUUGACGACUUUGAGAUGCUCAAAGUUAUUGGUCGAGGCUCCUUUGGCAAGGUUCUCCUUGUGAGACACAAGGAGACCAUGCGUCUAUACGCAAUGAAGUCCUUAAGGAAGGAGAACUUCAAGGAAGAGAAGGACAAAACAAAUUGCAUCAUUGAAAGAGUGAUUCUGGAGCAACUUAAUAGUAAUUUCGUGGUUAAGCUUCAUUAUGCUUUUCAAUCUCUUGACAAAGCUUACUUUGUCAUUGAUUAUAUGCAAGGAGGAGACCUCUUCUUCCAUUUACAGAAGAAUAAGAGAUUCUCUGUCAAGAGAGUCAAGUUCUAUAUUGCCGAAUGCGUCCUUGCUCUGCAGGACCUUCAUAAGAAAGGAAUUAUUUAUAGAGAUCUGAAGUUAGAGAAUAUUAUGUUGGAUUGCCAAGGCCAUAUCAAGCUCACUGAUUUCGGUCUCUGAUGUCUCUCUAAGAGCAAGCCUUCAGUUGCACAUGAUCUUGAUGAGGAAGGUUCGAGAGUUAUGGCAUACUCUUUCGUCGGGACUCAAGAAUAUCUAUCUCCUGAGGUGGUCAAAGGGAUUGGUUAUAACCAAUCAACUGAUUGGUGGUCCCUUGGAGCAAUCAUGUUUGAAAUGCUUUCAGGAGAAAGCCCAUUCGCAGACAAAAGCACCUCAAAAACAUUGAAAAAUAUCUGAUAUGCUGAUGUGUGCUACAAAGAAAUAUAUUCGAAAAAGGCACAAAAGCUGAUUUCGAGAUUAUUAGAAAGAAAUCCAAAGAAAAGACUUGGCGCAAAUCAAGGAGCUAUUGAGAUUAUGCAGGAUCCCUUCUUUAAAGAAAUCAACUGGAAUGAACUUAAAGACAAAAACGUGAAGCCUCCUUUCGCACCCAAGAAUCGGAGCGAGUGUUGUGUCAAAUAUUUUAGCCAGGAAUUUAUUGAAGAAGACGCUGAAGACUCAUUUGUCGAAUCAAGUCUGACGGUACUCCAAAAAUCGGCUAACCACAUCGACAGGUUUACUUACGGAUUUAAUGAUGGGUUUGUCGAUCCCUGUAAGUCCACAUCAUAUUCAGUGAUUGAAAAGAGUGCUGAUAAGAGCAAAACAUUUGAAGGAAUUCCUGAAAUGGAUCCUGAUCUGGAACAAUAA